AUGUCCAACUACAAUUACUAUCAGCAAAAUUGGGCAUACAAUUACGAAUUCCAACAAUUCGCGACCAGCUUUCCGACCUCAUCGAACGCUGUUCCUCAGGUUAGCCGUCAUCUUUUACAUUGACCAGAAUAAGCCUUGCUCUGAAAAAAUUUCUCAGCCGUAACUUUCAGUCUUUAUUAAGUCUUUAUUCAGUUAUCGUUUCAAAGAAAUCGUCUUAACUCAGAUAGGCUUGGUUUUCGAAAAUAUUUUCUCCUUACAACUCAAAAGAGCAUUCCAUCCUUUUUCUGCGAGCUGCAAACACCUUUCGUGUGCAGAUGGCUUCCAGAAAACAGUACUCUAGCAUGUCUCCAAUAUAUUUCUAGGUCUGACUCAUUUUGCUCAGCUUUCCAUGAAAUGCCAACAUUCAAAUGUCCUAUCAAUUUUGAGAAUUUUCAUCUAGAGCACAUUUAUAAAUUGCGACCUUACUAAAAAAAAAGUUUAAAUUUGAUUUUCGACAGCUCAGUAUUAGUGAGAAGUAUUAACUGCUUGAAGUCUCUGUUAGUUUAUAAUAAUAAUAAUAAUUUAUUGACAGUUUAGUUGAUAAUUCACGUUAUGGCCCGUCUAUUAUUUCUCUAUAAGAAGUUUCUGAAAGUUGUCCGGUGAUUUGAGUAGAAGUGCGGACGGGAAAAAUCACUUUUAACUCGAUAAAAUAGAAGGAAAGGAUAUAAGGAUAUAAGUAAGGCUAGUAUAAAUGUUGACCUAACUCAAAUUUAAAUAAGACGAGAGUUUAAGCUGAAAGUUAAGCGCUUUUCGAACAGGGGUUUGCUCUGAACGGCAGAGUCACUUAUUGAUUGAAAAAAGUGGAUUACAGAACUACCACUACUGCUACCAGCCGCCCAACUUCUAUUGGCAAACUCCAUAUUACGGAGAUCAAGUUGCCCACCCGGUGAUGGCUGCAAACCAGGAAGAAAUUGUGGAGCUUCAGCCUCCACAAACUUUUUAUCAACAGCCUCCAAUUAACUUUUCUCCGCCUCAAGAGCUCAUCCGCAAAUAUCGAGGUAAAUAUCGAGGUUCGAAACCAGAAAAUGUCUUUUUAUCAAGUUUUUGAGCGAUUCGUUGGCAAGAGAUUUCUUUAAAUUUAUAAUGGAAAAAUAUUUUUCUCAUGUUCAUUUUUCACUUGAAAUCACCGAAGCGGUGGGGUACUGAUAUGAAAAAUUUGCAGAGGCCUUUUUGGGAUUCGAUCUCGUCCUGAUCAUAUUUGACCUGUUGGACGAAGGCGUCGGAGGCGUCAGAUGGAACAACGAAUCCGAGUUCCAAGUGUUGAAUAUCAACAUUUUCCAAAAAGUGAUUAGUGAACGAAUCAAGCAUAGAGUGAGAUGAAUUGUCUGGAACAAUUCAAAUAAUCAAUUUGCAGAUCAAUUAUAGAACAAUUGAUACCUUCCUACGAGAGAUGCACCAAAUUUCUACGGGAGAAUACUUUCUGAGAAAAGAGAAAUUCCGGUGCUACAAACUGCAUGAUCAGUGAGUCAAAGGUUCAAGUUUCAUCAGCUGAAAAGGGAAUUCAGAAGAGCGGCACGGCCGAAAGUCUACAAAAAAAAUAAAGAAAGCCUCGAUUUUGCAGUCAAAUGCAUAAACGAGCCCGGAUACCACUCGAGGCCGAACAUGAUGGGUGAGAAUAGAGUUCAAUACAAGUCUUUAUCGAACUUUUACAUUAGUCAAAAUCGAAGCAGCCGAUGACGGUUACGAAGCGAACUCUCACCAACCUCAAGCAGGUCUGUUUAUCUUUUCAAACUCCACCUAGGUACACUUUUCGAAGUAUUGUGCAAAAAUUUAUUGAAGCAAAAAGUUCGAUUUCUGGGCUUUUUUUCAGAACUGUAUUCACAUGUGCAAGCUGUGAAUCUUUUUUGCCUCCUAUUCAUAAAGCCCGGAAAAAAAAACCAAAUAAAUAGUUUCUCGACAAAAGCGGACCAAGUUAAAUUAGACUAAAUGGAAUUUUUCCGUCGAACUUAUGUAAAAGUUUAAAAAAAGAUGCUUUUGAAUCAAUUUUUGAAGAUUUUUGAAUUUUUUUACUGUCUAAGGCUUUUUCUCGCUAACCGAAAUUGUUUUUUUCGCAUUUCUGAGGGCUGAACUGUUGGAUUGUAAAAAGCUUUGAGUAAAAGUCAUCUAUAAAUGAAAACUUGCACAAAUUGAGAUGUAAUGGUUGUUUCUAUCUCAUGGUGUCAAGUGAACAUGUGUUCUUGAGAGACGAACGCCCGAGGAAGUUCGCUCCAACUAUUGUUACAACAUCACUCUGUCGUAGCGCACUUUUGGAAUGCGCCACGAAAUAAAGGCUUCAAUGUCGAGUCCCGCUUGAUACUGAAACGAAAUCAGAAUCAUGACGAGGAACAUCAUUUGCCAUUAAAAGACCAAAAACAAAAAAUCAAAAACAAAAACAAAAAACAAAUUUUUAAAAGCGCCGUUCCUAGUUUUUUGUUCAAUCUCACGCCGUUGGGAGCAACGUUUGUUAACAAUGUUUCUUCCGAUGCGAUAAUUAUCUAUUUCGAAGAAAAUUCUGCUCGAGAAUCAGCGAGAAGAAAAAGAAGAAUUGCAGGACAAACGCAGCCUGAAGCCGUGGAAGACAGGAAGAUCGGCUCUCUGAUGAUGCCGGGCGGCUGGGCGAUCCAACCGCCCUACAAUUUCCAGUAA